ACUCUUGGGAGUACUGUAUUACCUUACUCAUCAUUAGUGUCACUCUCUCACUCACUGCUCCACGGGCGCCACUCCUACUGUUCACCUCGGCCAAAAAUAUAAUGCAGCUGCCCAAGCUGUAGCACUGUAAAGGCAUCAUCGUCUCCUCUUCCACCACCAGCUCUCUCCCCUCCUCCUCCUCCCCUUUUAGCAGCCCCCUUCUCCCCCACACGGCCGGCCGGAGCCCCUCUUGCGGCAAUCCUAAAUUAAUACUCUCCUCUGCCUCACCGGAUUCUGAUCUAGUCCCGAGUUCAGACAAUGUCGUCCCUCGGCAGCGGCGGCGGCGGGGGCGGCGGGGGAGGGGCCCUGGCGUGACAGGGGUCCAUGUACGGCCUCACGCUCAACGAGGUGGAGAGCCACCUGGGCGAGCCGCUGCGGAGCAUGAACCUGGAGGACCUCCUGCGCACGGUGCUCCCCGCCGCCGCGCGGCGCCGGGACGGGAAAGAAGACGGCGGACGAGGUGUGGCGCGACAUCGAGAGCGCCGGCCGGUGGGCGAGAUGACGCUGGAGGACUUCCUCUCGCGCGCCGGUGUGCCCGUCGCCGGGGGCUGCGCUGGCGCGCAUUGGCUGCACCAGUACCACCCGUCGGGGGCUGCGCCGGUGCGCAUUGGCCCCUCAGGCGUCGGCGCCGGCCCAGUGCUGGACGCCGUGUACGAGGGCGGCGCUGGUGUAUUACUAUUGCUGUAAAGUUUAGCUACGUAUCAUCAGGGUUUUGGUUACCGCUCUAAA